CAAAUGCAAUUCGAAUUGCAAAAAUCGGAGUUAUUUCUGUAAUUUGACAAAUGGGAAUUUCUUGCUUGUGUUCAACUCUCUGUAGAUUUCCAGUAGAUUAUCCAGAGUGGUUGGUCAGCCAUGGCAAUGGACCCAAACGACUACAAGCAGCUGCCACAACUACUGUCAGUGACGAUGUUUCUCAGGAAAGACGGAAAUGCGUUUCUGUUACGAAGGCGCGGAAGCCAAUAACUGCGGUGAUACUGGCGGCAGCUGCAGCAUGUGCGGUGAUAGUGGUGGUGAAUGGGGCGGAGGCGGUGGCGGAGGCGGCGCAGAUUGAAACACAACAGGAAAUACUUGGAGAGACUUUUUCGAAUGUGCCGCAAACGCUGUCUGGCGAUUGUGUUGAUGGUCAGAAGGAUUGCAAGAAAGCGAGGAUUCAACGACCUAAGUCAAGGCAAGCAGAGACUUGCACUGUCAAAUGUGUCAAUACUUGUAUUCGUGGUGGUAGUGGAUCUCCUGGUGAAGGUCCUCUUAACGUUAGAAGGCCUCUGGUGGUGUUUAAGCAAGGAUUUCGCAGUCGCCAAUACUGUUUGGUGGAAUGCUCUGAUAUAUGUAAUUUGAUAAAAGAUGGUGAAGAUGGACCAUAGGCUGUACAUUCAAUCUUAUUUUUAGGUUAAAUUCUUUAUUUGAGCCUACAAAAUUUACAGGCGCUCUUUCAUUUCAUUAAAGCUUUGAUAGGGUUGUAACUUGUAUAUUGUCUAUGCAGAAAUUUGACAGGAUUUUAGUAUAUAUACCUAUUUUUCUUCCACCUUCCUUGCGACA